CUGUCUGGCGGGUGGUGCUGGAUCAGCACUUCCGGGACUGCAGGAACCUUUACAGCACCGAACGAAGACAGCAAGAAAAAAGGAGAAAAAGGUCCAAGAUAAAAUAAAAAGCGACCACACGUCUCAUCUCUCCCGUAAGGGGCACUGACGUGAGACCACGUAGCAAACAAAACCGAAUUGAUCAAACGCAUCUAUCAUCCUUGUGAAAGUAAGUCCCUCCCUCCUUCCCGAGCGUCUCCUCUGCCCCACCCUCAUGUGGAGGUCUGCGGUUGGCGUCCUGCCGGCGUGGUUGAAGUGACGGGCGUGGCAGCGGCCCUCGUCCCAUGAGCCUUGAGCCGGCCUGAGCAGCUGCCGCGGGCACAGUUGUGGUUUCUCUGGGUCCCUUCGUGGCCGGCGCUUGGAGUCAUGGAUCACCCCAGGGAGAAGGAGGGCGAGCGUCCGGCGAGGAGCAGCAAGGUGGCCCAGGGGCGCAGCGGCCACUCGCGGCCCUCCAGCUCCUCUGCCUCCUCCGGUGUCCUCAUGGUGGGGCCCAACUUCCGCGUGGGGAAGAAGAUCGGCUGCGGGAACUUCGGCGAGCUGAAGCUCGGAAAGAAUCUCUACACCAAUGAAUACGUAGCCAUCAAAUUGGAACCAAUCAAGUCAAGGGCACCACAGCUACAUUUGGAGUACCGAUUUUACAAAACACUGGGAAGUACAGCGGAGGGGCUGCCCCAGGUGUUCUACUUCGGGCCCUGUGGGAAAUAUAACGCCAUGGUGCUGGAGCUGUUGGGCCCCAGCCUGGAGGACCUCUUUGACCUGUGUGACCGAACCUUCUCCCUCAAAACCGUCUUAAUGAUCGCCAUUCAGCUGAUCUCCCGGAUGGAGUACGUCCACUCCAAGAACCUCAUCUACAGGGAUGUGAAGCCAGAGAACUUCCUGAUUGGGCGGCAGGGCAACAAGAAGGAGCAUGUCAUUCACAUCAUAGACUUUGGCUUGGCCAAGGAGUACAUCGACCCCGAAACCAAAAAACACAUCCCUUACCGGGAGCAUAAGAGUCUUACCGGAACGGCCCGCUACAUGUCCAUCAACACGCACCUGGGGAAAGAACAAAGCCGGCGAGAUGACCUGGAAGCCUUAGGUCACAUGUUCAUGUAUUUCCUCCGGGGCAGUCUCCCCUGGCAGGGCCUGAAGGCGGACACCCUGAAAGAGCGAUACCAGAAGAUCGGGGACACCAAACGCAACACUCCAAUCGAGGUUCUCUGUGAGAGCUUCCCAGAGGAGAUGGCGACCUACCUGCGCUACGUGAGGCGGCUGGAUUUCUUCGAGAAGCCGGAUUACGAGUACCUGAGGACCCUGUUCACAGAGCUGUUUGAGCGCAAAGGAUACACCUUUGACUACACCUACGACUGGGUCGGCAGGCAGAUUCCCACGCCGGUGGGGUCCGUUCACGUGGAUUCGGGCGCGUCGGCAAUCACGAGAGAAAGCCACGCCCACAGAGACCGGCCGUCCCAGCACCAGCCGUUACGCAAUCAGACCGCCGCCUCAGACCGCCGAGGAGCAUGGGAAGUGCAGCCCAAUCGGCAGACAAACUCCUCCUACCUGAGCUCCCACCUGGCUGCGGACAGGCACGGGGGAUCAGUGCAGGUGGUCAGUUCAACCAAUGGGGAGCUGAAUGCAGAUGACCCACUGGCAGUCCACUCCAAUGCACCAAUCACGGCACAGGCAGAGGUGGAAGUGGUGGAUGAGGCCAACUGCGUGAAAAUGCUCAACCUGUGGUGCUGCUGCUUCUUCAAGCGGAAACGGAAGAAGAACACCCCGAGGCACAAGUGAUCCUCCUCCUCCUCCAUCCUGUAUCGUUUGGUUGGGUGUGUUUUUAAAAAGAGAAAUCUACAAAGGAAAAUGGGGGAAAAAAAUAAAAAUACUAGAAAAAGAAGAAAAUGAAAAAAGAAAUAAACGAAGAGUGCCUGAAAGAUGUUGAGCUGAAUUGGCGCGAGGGGACUUGCUGAUGAGAGGCAUGCACGUUUAGUCUCUACGGGAAUUGCCCCCAACCCCCCCUCCACUCUAUUUCUCACACACACACACACACACACACACACACACACACACACACACACACACACACACACACGCACCCACCCACCCGCGCACACACACGCCUUUUUUUUUCUCUUCGGUUCAUGCAAGCAGGUUAAGGGCUUAAUGGACAUGACCCUCCAACUGGGAUGUAGAGGAGACCGGCGGCCCCUGGGGGCGACCCUGCACCUGAUUACCUGCUUUUUCGUACCACUCCUCCACCCGCCCCCUGUCCUCUGGGGGUGCUGUCUUUUUCUAUUUAUUUAUUUUUGGCUCCAGUGGGAGUGAAAGUGAAGAGCUCAGGCGCCCGGUGAGGAGGCAGGCUGGCGGGGCCCUGGCUGUGGGCGGUCGGACCCUGGUCCUCCUGCGGUUCAUACGCCGUUCGCACAGCAGCAGGGCUGGGGGCUGCGUUACUGGUCACACAGUGCUGGGCGCGGAGCUAGCAGGAGCUCUAUACAUUCCUGUCUGUGUUUGAUUUAUGUCCCGUUUAUUGAUUGUACUGGACCAUGCUGUUGGUCAGUGGUCAGACAGUAGUGGUCUAGUGGUCAAUCAGUAGUCUUAACAGUGGCCCUUGCUUUUUGGCUGUAACGUACUCUCGAGCCGUCUCUGAAUAUCUGGCAUUAAAUGCAAUUGUAAUGCAUCUUAUUUUAGACAUUGCCACUUAAUGUGUUGCGGGUAUCUUUGUAAGAUUUCAGUCAGUAUAAAAAUCUAGGGGGUGAUGGAUUUCCCUCUCGGCCAGGCGAUGUGUUUAGUGGUGUGCUGAUCCUGUGAAGCGGGUUGAGUUGUUGGCCGUGGCUGCUCCCGUGCCUCUGUGUCCACACUGCCUCAAUGUGCACUCUGUCUGCAGCGUGGACUGAAGGCAAAGAUGUCAUCACCCAGAAUGUAAGAGCAGGAGCUUGCCCUUGUUCUCCCCUUUGCCUGUGCAGUGGUCGCCCCUGUGUGUGUGUUUGUGGAUGGGAGAAAGCUCAGGUGCUAGCCUUGCACAGCAAUGCCAGUGGGCAGCCAGGGGCCACUCUUGCUGGUUGAGAGCCAAAAGGAAAAGAUAACUACAGUAUGAAUAUGUUAGGCCGCUGUAUUCUGACAAACUCUGUUUAAAGCUGCUUGUUUGAAAGCAUUCUCAAUAUUCCACCGCCACACAUUACAAAUCAUUCCAACUGCCUGCUUCUCGGCCUUUUUUGUGGUAAAAUGGGCAUGUGUUGUUUGAGCCCUCAUGACUGUUGCUCUGAUUUCCUGACAAUCUCAUACCAGUCCAGUACCUAAUUAAUUCCUGCUCCAGGAUUGUGAUCGGUCAGUGCGAUAGUCAGGAUAGGUGGGAUUGUGGGCAUGAGUGGAGAUGCUGCUCCUAGUGACUACUUGUGCUGUUCUCUGGUGUUUUCGCUCACUGAAAAAAUUGGGUGGGCUUUAACUGAGAGAGUUAUUUCCUUAGCAGAAUGGUCAAAUUUAGAAGGUUGUAUAUUAAGAAUAUCUUUCCUCAUACUGAUGCUUUAUGCUUUCCAGGUGAAAACGAAAAGAAAUUAGGAAAAAGUGGAAUUAUUUACUCUCCAAGAUCACUUUGGAAAUAGCCUGCAAAGUAGAAUGUUGAUAGAAUGUAGAAACAGGCCUUGAGAGGAUUCACUUUGUUCAGUGGGCCUUUUAAAGUCUCUGUAACUGGGGAUGGGGGAAUGAUUUAAUUUCCUUUCUGCUAUUCCAGUACUGCCUUCUCACUCCAGUAAUGAAGUAUUCUAAUUUGAAGCACGGCGAAACCGCAAGCUUUUAGGUGAUCUGUCUCACGUACUGCCCUACAUUGUAAAUGUCCUGACCUGGGCGCUGAUUGUUAGAUUUUGUUGCGUACAGUGCUGUUGUCUUGUUCCAUCAAACAGUGCGUGCCCCAGAGAACUGUGCUGCACUCCAGAGACAGUGACCAAACUCCAGGCCUGGGUCUGGGGAUACUGGAGAGUGGACAGACUCAGUGUGGGACCAUGAGUGCACUCUUAAUACACUGGCACCAGCUGCCCCUGCAAUCUCUACUGUUCAAUGCCUUAACCAGUUCACCGCUCAGCAGAGCCGAUCAGGGCCGCGCUCUGGGGCCCAUGGCGAGACGCCAUUUUGUUCCUUUGCGACUCUUUCUCUGCAGGAACCUGGAACUCUUACAUCCUGGUUCAGAGCAGCAACCCAGACUGGGAGAGGGGCCCCCCCCCUCCUUCAAAUGAGAGGCCCACAUUUUACACUCUUCACAAGAUGUCCAUUAAUGCCAACUAUACCAAAUUCAGUCUUCUGUCAAAACUCAAGGCACUGAGCGAUGAGAAAUGGACUCCUGGCUUCCGUUUAGUUUGGGUUUUUUUGUUUUAUUUUUUCCCCACUCCCCUUUUUUUUUAUCUUCAUAUGAACUUUGACAUACGACGUAUGCCCCCAUAAACAGAGCUGCCAUGCUGAAAUUGGGAAUGUCACAAAGCUGGGAUUGCUCGGUCUCCUUCGACUAGGAUGUCAGCAAGAUUCACCAAAAGUGACUGCGUUCACUCGGGAAAGGAGCGCACGGGAAGAAAGCCAGCAGAGGUUCUCUGGAAAAAGUGUAUUUUCAUUUUUAAUAUUCCUGUUGUUUGUUCCUCUCAGAUGUAGCAGAGGAUUUGCUUUGAAUGAAUGCAAAAGUGGUAAAUGUAAGUAGUGACAAUGUUGCCUUGCUUUUUUCUGUUGACACCUGUUCGCUGCAUUAAUUCCAUAGGGUUUUCAUAAUUUUUUUUUAAGAAUUGUAUUUCAUUUCAUAAUAUAUACUAAAUGUGAACUGAAAAUGUAUGAUAUACUGUAAUCUUUUUAAUCCAAAUGGCCAUGCUUUUCUGGGGAAGAGUGAAACCACAGCUGGUGACUUUUGACUGCACUACAUUUCCCUUGUUGUUUACCUGAGGUGAGAUCCCCAGUCCUGUACUGUACUGUUGAGCUUGUGACAAAUUACAUGACUUCAUCUGUGUUGUAAUAGCAAAGUAAAAUAUAAACAGAAGCCUAAUGGACAAGGUUAUUUCCUAGUAUUUAUGAAAUAUUAUCAUUUUACCAAAAUUCUUCCUUUUUAUUACUCCCUUCAUAAUUCUCAAAUGUAUAUAAAUAUAUUUAUACACAGACCUACAUACAUACACAGUAUGUGUUUGUUUGGUGUGUGUACGAGUAUGUGUGUGUUUGGUGUGUGUACGAGCUUGUGUGUGUGUGUGUGUGUGUGUGAGAGAGAGGGAGAGCGCGUGUGCGCGUGCAUGUGUGUGUGUUUAUGUGUGCGCGUGUGCAUGUAUGUUUGUAAUUAAGCUGAAUCCAUUAAAUAUAACACUAGUCUAUGAAAUUCACCUCCUGGUGGGGUGCUGGAAUUGGUGUCUUAUACAGACAAACUUGUCUUAUUACAACACCACCAUUGGCUGCCACCAAGGGCUCAAGAUGACUUCAUACAAACAUCUUUGUACAACAGGACUGUAUAUUUCUGUGCUCGGAAGUCUGUAUACGUGUAUAAGUUCCCCCUCCCCCCCACCCCCCUCUCUUAAUUUUGUGAUGUGCUUCAGUUGCUUUGCAGUCUAAAUUAAUAUGUCAAAUGUACUUGAAUAUGGGGGGGGGAAAAAACAUGGGAGUAGAGUUUUCUUUCAGGUCUUUCACUCAUAGCAAAAAGAUUAUAUUUUAUGUGAAUGAUUAGUUUCUUGAGCGAGUUGGUAUUUCACUGCUAAAAUGAUGCAUCAUGUGCCUCUAUAUUCUGGAUGCAUUGCAGACUCUUUUCUGCAGAGCUUUCAGUCCCAGAUGUAUACCUGGGAUCAGUUGAAAUGCCACUAAUUUUAGCUGCAGCCAUUUUGUAUAUUUAAUCAGAAACGGGGUGAAUGCUGAUCCACGGUCUGUGCUUUUAAGUUUUAAGGGUGAUUUCUGGGCCUUCUUUACUGGUCAGGUCAGGUUUGGGUGUGUUGGCUGGCUGAUAUGAAUUGCCCGUCCGCUGUGGGGUGCUCUAUCUGUUGUGUUCUCUGAGCAGCUUUCCAUUUUCCAUGCCCAGUAUGCUGUUCAGUAUAUUUUCAGAACUGAGCUUCUCUCUUAGAUGUGUGGCAACCGGGGUUAGAGGGCUGUCCCCUCUGGCUUUAUUCUGCUGAUCCCUUGACUUUUUAAUUAUAAUUUUUUUUAUCUCUGCCAGAAUUGUAGUUUUCUGCGGGUGGCGUUGUCAUCGGUCAAAGGUUCGGAUCAGACGUUGCAGGGAGAACAGGGACACCUGCUGGACAGUCUCCCCAGUAGUAGAAUGUUAUGUAACCCACACGGGGCACUGCACUGAAAUGCUCACACCGGUUUGUAUUGGCCCGGGAGAGUGAACUGACUACUAUGAAUCCUUGAUUCUUUCUCUCCUGUCUGCUCUCCCUGAUGCCAGCCCAUUGACUGCGAGGUCUUUACCAGUGAACACUGGAAAGAUGAAGCAGACAUUUUAGUGAUUUCCUUGAAGAUGGUGUCAUGUCAUCGACCCGUUAGAACUUGUGUGUGAAGUUGAAAAGUGUUAGAGACAGAGACAUGCUUUUCCAGUUAGGAGGGAGCAUCCAGCAAGGAGUUGUAAGAUCAUCCUUGUUGGGAGCUGAUCGUAUUUUCCUCUUCAACCAAAACGGAUCCUGUUCAGAGUCUGUGCAAGCCUUCCUUCUGGUUUUUGCUGAGAUCACUUUUCUAUUUUGGCUGUUCUUGGCUGAUAUGUACUCUUCCCUUUAAGUUGACAGACUUGAUGUGAAGUCUCUUGGGAAAAUUAGAAAAUGACUUGCAUUGGUUUCUGACUCCAUUGCCUUUCUUAUAGCAAAUAAUAAAAAUGGGCAUUUUUGGUAUUUACCUUUUAUUUUUUAUCGGAACUACAUUUAGUUUGCUUCUUUUUUCUUUUAUUUUUUACUACAUUUGCUUUUUGUUUUGCCAGCAUCACAGAUAAAGGAAUAAAUUAUAUUGUACCUUUUUAAGAAUAUACAUUUUUAAAAAGGAUUGCACAAGUGCUCCAAGAAGGAAUUCCUAUUCCCAUUUUCAUGGGUUGUCAGAAUGUACAAAGGGUAUCUAAAGUCCUGUCUCCAUUGGUUGCAUCUGCAUGGCAAUUUGGACCCGGAAGCGAUUGGUUCCAUAAACGGCUUUCUUGUAGUCAGCUCUGAGCAUGUGGCUGUUACACUGGUAUCACCUUUAGCCAUAAUUGUACUUUAAUUCUAAACACUUUUUUAAAAAUCUAACCAGAAUUGCCACAAUCUUACUCUCGUUAAGUUGAUUUCCAGAGCGCACAUUUCUCUUUUUACAUUACAUUACAUUUCAACAUCUAUUCCAGACACUUUGCCUCUUGAUGAGUGUCAUUUGUUUAGAAAUGGCCGGUGUCACCAGUUUGUCAUGUUUUCUCCCUGCAUGUGUCAAAAUGGUGUGCAAAACCUCAACAAUAAAGCUGCAGAAAGAGAGAAAGCUGAUGGAGCAUAAUUUAUGUUGUCUUUGGUUCUUUGGCACUUUUUAAGUCGCUAUACUGUAGAUUUGUCUCCGUUUCAGAUGGGGAGAGGGUGGGUAACAAACAUGACUGCAAUAUAUAAUUAUUUCCAAUUGUAAAAUUGUACAAAGUUCACCAUUGUUUUUAUGUUAGUUGGAUUCUGUAAGACAAGCCUGAUUUUAUUUUUAUUUUCUUCUUCAAAACUGUGGAAAUCAGACAUGUACAGUACAAGAGUCUAUUUUUCCUCUUGUCCAGGCAGUGGUUUCAAAGCUAUGGUUAAGAGUCGAGUCUUAAAAACUGUAUUAUGAAUAUUGUGUUGAAAUGAAUGUCACUUCAAAAAUGUAUUUGAAUGGUUUAUCCUGGUUAAGGGCUUCAAUCCUGAAGGACCCAUUUUGGUUUUCUGAUUUAGAUUUUUUAAAAAUCAUUAUUAUUAUAAUAAUUAUUAUUCUUCGUAUUAUUUUUUAAGUUACAGAAAGAUAAAGGUCCUGAUUCUCUUAAAUGCCUAUUUUCCAGAGGCUUCAUGUGAAAAUGUCACGUGACCUUUAAAAUUUUCACUUUUUACUCCCUCCACACUUAAAGGGAAACUCAAGUUUGCACCCUUUUUUAUGUAAAAUAAAAAAUCUCUCUUAACCUUU